CGUCGAAGAAAUAAUAAGAUUAGAACAGAAAAUCUUCUAUUUCGACAAAGUUUUAUUCGCUGAAGGCUCCUGGUACGAACCACCUCACUGCCGAGACUACACCCUGUUUGCUGAAGAACAAAUUGAAGCAAACAAUUUGGCAAUUCGAGAAUGAGCAAAACUUCUCGAAUCAGUCCAGAAGGAAAAGGAGUUCAAAGGGAGAUUGUGCGAAGGAUCAGAAUUGAUGUAGAAAAUGCUGGACGACUUCCAAAGAGAGAGACUAGAAGCCGAGGCUAAAGCUAAUAAAUUAGUCAAUGAUCUCUGUAAGGCUAUUGAGCUUAAACGCUCCCUCCAAUCUCAAGAUCCACAAUUGGAGGAAGUUAAUGCUCAAAAAGGGGCUCUAGAACCUAAGACAAACCCUGAACCAUUCAGCCAUAAGGUCCCGGUUCUAGAAGAUUCACCUAGUUCCGCACCAUCACAGAAACCCGAGAGCAUAACAACUCUCGCUAGGGAUACUGUGGUGAUGUUACCUGAAUGUCCUCCUAGCCAGGUCUCAACCAGCAUAGUCGUAUAUGAUGUGGAACCAACUGAGGGACCUGACUCAGAACCACCUAUGCUUAUUCAAGAAAAAAAGGAGGAGGGAGUUUUGCCUAUGGCAGUAAACGACCAUCUCCUUAGUCGUGUUGAAGACACACCUCCAGAGGAACCUGUUCUGGAGGAAGUAGAGCCCAUUACCUACCCCCAAGAUUCCGACAUCCAAGAGUCUGAGGAGGAAUCUAUAGAUGAGGAAAUUCUUUGCACUGAUGAACCAAUUCUGUCUAUAGAAACCUGCGCAAAUAAUGAUUCAUCUGAAGAUUCAGACCAUGCUUUCUUUGAUUCCUUACUUGAUGGGUAUGACUAUGUCUGCCCGAAGGAUGGUUGGAGUCAAGCAAGUUGGGACGAGCUUCUGAAGGGUGACCAUGACGACUCUUCCAUGGGGGUAAGUACGGUCAUAAUCAUCAAACCACAAAUGGAUAGUCAGCCGAUUGAAGACAAAGAAGAAAUCAAUCUCGCAUUCGAGGCUAAUGAUGUGGAUUUUCUGAGGAGACUUUCGCCACCACCAAUCAAUACAAAGUCUCCUCCAUACAUCCUGUUGCCACCAAGCCACAGGGAUGAGUCAAGGAUCCUGGACCUUGACUGAGCGAAAAUUCAAAUACGGUGGCAUCAGAAGAGAGUCAAAAGGGCUAAACUUUAUGACUCUCGGAUUGGUAAGUCACAGAAAAAGUGGGUGAGCGUCAAGCUACGGGCGUUAAAGAAGCGCUUAACGGGAGGCAACCCGUCAUUCAUAAAACUAUUUUAAUAAGUUUUUGAGGUUAUG